CUUUACGCGCUCUGUCAAGAUGCGUUGCGCACUUUCCAACCUGCACAUGCUGCAUUCAUCCGUCCUCGCGCUGUGGUUCACGGCUCUCCAGGGACUCAGACCUGCAGAUGCGGCCCCCAAUCCUUCUCCGCUGCUGGGCUCCAACUGGGGGAACCCGCGGAGAUACAUCCACCUUCAGACCACUUCAGACUUAAACAACUACUACCUGGAGAUCAGCCCGAGUGGACACGUGCGCAAAACUACAAAUCGGGGCUCAUACAGUGUAAUCUUAUUGAAAACAGAAAGCAGAGACCGUCUGGCGAUAUUUGGAGUGAAAAGUAACCGGUUUUUGUGCAUGGAUACAGGAGGAACCCUUUUCACAUCUACGAUCUGCAAUAAGGAAGACUGUCUUUUCCACCACAAACUGUUGGAAAACCAUCGUGAUGUGUAUUACUCCACUAAACACAGCAUACUGCUUAAUCUGGACGGGGACAAACAGGCGUUUAUAGCGGGACAAAACCUCCCUCAGUCGUCUCUCUUCUUGUCGGAGAAGAACACGGUUCCGCUGGAGCGCCUGCAGCAUCGGGAGCGCAGGAACCGGCAGGUGAACCCAACAGACCCGCUGAACGCGCUCCGGUACGCGGAGGAGUCUGAUUCCAGAGCCGCGCAGGAGGAUGAUGGAGACAUGGAUUUUGAGCCCUCAGAAGGUCAAAACAUCUCUAGAGAAACCCUUGUUUCCCCUUCCGAUGAUGAUCCAUGGGAUCUUCUGCACGACACGAGCCCUGGAAGUCCUCGGAUUGCAGCAAUUGUCGGAUAAAUCCGCCAAA